AUGACAGUCGCACAGGGUUACCACAACCUCGUCCCCGUGACAAACCUCUCGCCACCAGUCGACACAACGCAGCCCUACGACCCCUCAACCCUCUCCGGCAAGACCGUCCUCGUCACCGGCGGCGCUCUCGGCCUCGGCGCGGCCUUUGCCCGCGAGUGGGCCUCUCACGGUGCCAACAUCAUCAUCGGGGACAUCAACCCGUCCGCCGGCGAGGCCCUCGUCGCCGCCCUCCGCGCCGAGAAUCCAAAGGGGGGCUCGCACCACUUUGUCACCUGCGACGUCACAUCCUGGGACUCGCAGGUGUCCUUCUUUAAAGAGGGCGCCCGCCUCUCGCCGAGCGGCGUCAUCGACGUCGUUGUAGCCAAUGCGGGCAUCAACGAGCCCGGCGCCAACCAGCGCUUCGAGAUGCCCGAGACCUCAAGGACGGAUCUGGACGCGCCGCGCGAGCCGUCGACGAGGACCAUUGACGUAAACGUCACGGGACUGUCGUACACAACGCACCUCGCCCUCUUCUGGCUGCCGCGCAACGGCGUCUCUCGCGACAGGUGUCUCGUGCUCGUCGGGUCUGUCGCUGGCGUGGGGCAUUUUCCCGGUCAGGCGCCGUACACCAUGUCCAAGCACGCCGUGACGGGCCUUUUUCGGGCGAUGCGCGGGACGGCGUACAUACGGCACGGGAUCCGCUUGAACAUGGUGUGUCCGUACUUUGUGAGCGGGAGCCAGAUGUUCCCCGGCGUCGCGGAGGCGGUGUUGCUUGGUGGCGGGGCGGGCGGGGCGGCGUUUGGGGAUGUGGUUGAUGCUACUACGAGACUUGUGGCUGACGAGGGGAUUGUUGGGAGGGCUCUGCUUGUUGGGCCGGGUCUUGAUGCGAUGGGGGCACGGGAGGAAGGCGAGGAAGGGGGGACGGUCGGUGGUGUGAAGAAGGGCAAGGUUGCGGUGUGGGAUGUGUAUGCGGAAGAUUACAAGGACUGCGAGGCUUUUGUGUGGCGGUGGAUUAGGAUCAUGAAUACGGUUGAGUAUCUUCGGGGAUGGACGGGGUGGAUCGGAGAUGCGUUUUCGAUUUUGACGAGGCCGAUUCGAGGGGGAAAGUGA